AAUGCUUUACAAAUAAAUCUCAAAGUUCCGCAACAAUAUUUGCACGGUUAAGUUUAGGCUGACAGUGACUCUGCCGUUCACUCUCCGCGAUUUAUUAUUUGUAAGAAUGUACCGAUCGGCGGCGAGAAGGUUGCUACCGUCGUUGUACCGGCGGAGCUCAGCCACCACUACCGUCUCUGUUCCUACUCCUGCUCGAAUCACUAGUCUAGCGCGGUAUUCGUCUGCAGAAAGCAUCCCCAAUCAAAACCCUAGGCCUUUCGACUCAUCGUCGUCGUCUUCCACGUCGUCGACGGCGGGGACUGAUCAGGAGAAGGUGCGGGCGGAUGAAUCGCGGAACGAAGAAGCGAGGGCGGCGCGGCCGAAGGCUCACUGGCAGGACGAGCAGGCGCGCGUUCUUCAGGCCUCUCUCCGCCACGUGAUUAAAUAUGGAUGGACUGAGGCUGCCAUGUUUGCUGGAGCAAGGGAGGCUGGGAUCUCACCUUCCAUUGUAGGAUCUUUUCCCCGGAAAGAGGCAUCACUUGUUGAGUUUUUCAUGGAUGAUUGUCUUCAAAGGCUAAUUGACAUAGUCGACAAUCAAAAGGAUUUGGAAAACUUGAUACCCAGUCAGCGCAUUACCAAGGUUGUUAGAAUUCGCUUAGAGAUGCAAGCUCCAUAUAUUUCGCAGUGGCCGCAAGCACUCAGCAUACAGGCACAACCUUUGAAUCUUUCUACUAGCUUAAAGCAGCGAGCAAUGCUUGUUGAUGAGUUUUGGCAUGCUGCUGGCGAUGUGUCCGCUGAUAUUGAUUGGUACGUGAAACGGACAGUCCUUGGUGGGAUAUACUCUGCAACUGAAUUGUACAUGCUGACUGAUAAUUCCCCAGAUUUUAAGGAUUCAUGGACAUUCUUGGACGGAAGAGUUAAAGAUGCUUUUAAUCUUAAAAAGUCAUUCCAGGAGGCCAAAUAUUUUGCGGAAGCAGUGGAAGCCGGGAUGGGAGGUCCUGUACAGGGCAUUGUGAAGAGAAUUUUCCGCGGCUGAAAUGAAAUUCCGGUAAGUAUGAAAGGAAUGAGUUGUUUUUUGUGCAUGUUAGAUUCGUAGGAGGGAUCCAAUAGUCGAGAAAUUAUGUGCAAUUAAGCGAAAUAAAAAUAUUCAACAUGGAUGGAUGCUAUUUGCUUCUUAAUUAACUAUUUUGCUA